UAAUAAGAGGGUAUUGAGUUACAAUUGGAGGGUAAUAAGGUAGCUUUUAGGGAUGAAAAAUGCUCAUAAUAUUGCCUUUAUUUUUGCAUUUGUUGCUGCACUAGUUUUAUCUGCUAAAGGCAGUCUUGACAUACAUGCUUAUUAAUAAUGUCAUGUAAUGGAAUAAGUUGUAAUAAGUAAUUAGUGUUAACUAUCAACUAAAUGCAUAUGGAAGAGAGCUUGCUAUGUUUAUUCAUUAGCAUUAUGUGUUUUUAUUUUUUGUUUUUGUUACUAGGGAUGGAUUCGGGUAUUCCAAGAGGCACAUCAUUCACUGAUCUUAUAGAAGAUAGCUUUAAUGAUUAUAUGUCUGGAUCUUCACAUAUUAGUGAUGAAGACAGUGUUCCACAAGCCCAAACAUUCAGCCAAAUGUCUCCACCCCAAGUUGAAUCCACAACCAAGAAAUCACAACGUGGCAUCAACUUCUCCAUAGAAGAAGACAUCCUUCUUGUGUCUGCCUUUCUUAAUGUCAACCAAGAUGUAGUGAAAAGUAAUAACCAAAAACGCGAAACAUAUUGGACGAGAAUUUGGGAGUACUACCACAAGUGGAAGACCUUCACUUCUGAGCGUACGGUGGGUUCUCUUAUGAACCGAUGGUCAACGAUUCAACUUUCCACCAAUAAGUUUUGUGGGUUUUUGUCACAAAUUGAAUCGAAGAAUGAAAGUGGUAAGACUAAAGAAGACAAGCUUGUUGCAGCAAGAAACCUUUAUAAUGCAAUCCAGGGCACCAAAUUUCAGUAUGAGCAUUGUUGGAAUCUGUUAAAGCACUCACCAAAAUGGCUGGUUAUUGUUAACAAUCAACAACCAAAAAAAAUGAAAAAAAGGAGAUUUGAGCCAUCUUCACCUUCUAAUCUGGAGUUUGAACAUUUAGAGGAUGAUGAUGCUCUACAAGUUCCGAUUAUAAACUUGGAGAGACCACCAGGGGUGAAAGCUGAAAAAGAAAGAUUGAAGAAACAAAAAUGCAAAGAAGGUACGACUUCUCACAUAGAAGAUGUAUUGAAUGUUAUGAUGGAAGAAAAAAGAAAAAUGAAUGAGAUGAAAAUGGCUUGUAUUGAGAAAGGACGUCUUGCAGACCAUGAGCAAGAGAUGGCUCGAAUUCUUCUUGAGGAUAAAAAACUUGAAACGGAAAAAAUGAAAAUAGAAUUGGCUAUGAAAAAUUUGAAAGAGGCAAAUGUAAUGGAAAAAAUGAGAUUGGAUAGAUUGAAGGAGGACAAUGAAAUGGAGAAAAUUAGAAUGAAACAAGUGAAGGAGGAAACAGAGAUUAUGAUGAUGGAUGUAAGUACGUUGUCUUCAAUGCAACAAGAAUAUAUUCAUCAGCGCCAAAUGGAGAUCCUUGAAAAACGAAGGUCUAGUCAUUAGACUAUUAUUUUCAUCAAUGCUCUUGUUUUGUAUGAUUAAGAGAGC